UAUGCAGUGUCCCGCUCCCACUCUCGUCUCUUUCUUUCUCCCUCUUCCUCUCCUCUCACUACUUCGAGGGCUCCAAGAAUCGAUCUUCGUCGUCGCCAAUGGCGGCUCGGGGCGUGGGCGGCGGCGUUGCUGUGGAGCGCGUCUUCAUCGGCGCGGGUUGUAAUCGAAUCGUCAACAACGUCUCGUGGAGCCCCUCCGGAUUGGUCGCGUUCGGCGCCCAAAACGCGGUCGCAAUCUUUUCCCCCGAGAGUGCUCAGAUUCUCGCCACGCUUCCCGGGCACAAGGCGGUUGUAAACUGCACCCAGUGGCUUCCGACCAACAAAGAUGCAAUCAAAGUUCAAGAUAUGGAGAGGCAUUACCUGCUCUCAGGAAGUGCUGAUGGUGUCAUCAUGAUCUGGGAGAUACAUCCUAAAAAAAGAGAGUGGAGCCACAUGUUGCAAGUACCAGAAAUGCAUAAGAGAGGCGUGACUUGUCUAACCGGGAUGAUGAUUUCGGAUGUUACUGCAAUAUUUGCUUCAACCUCUUCAGAUGGUGUUGUUCUUAUAUGGAAGAUUGUCUUUUCAUCAACAGUUGGUGGAAAGUGUAAUGUUUCCUGUUUGGACUCUCUCUCUGUUGGUUCAAAGCCUAUGGUUGCCUUGUCAGUAGCCGCACUACCAGGCAACAAAAGUCAUGCAAUUUUAGCAAUGGGAGGUUUAGAUCUCAAGGUCCAUAUAUAUUUUGGCGAUCAGACCGGCAAGUUUACUCAUGCUUGUGAGCUGAAAGGCCAUGCUGAUUGGAUCAGAAGUUUAGACUUUUCAUUACCUGUCAUUUUAGAUAGUGAAAAGCACAACCUUUUCCUUGUGAGUUCAUCUCAGGAUAAAACUAUUCGCAUAUGGAAAAUGGCUGCACAUGCUUUAUCUUCUGGUUCUCCAAUUCAGUCAAGAAAAGAGGAUAUUGGCUUGACAUCGUAUAUUGAAGGUCCUAUAUUUGUGGCCGGUUCUUCCUCGUAUCAAGUGUCUUUAGAGUCUCUCCUUGUUGGUCAUGAAGAUUGGGUGUACUCUGUGGAGUGGCAACCGCCUUCACUUAUAAAUGGGACUAAUUGUCACCAACCCAUGAGCAUCUUAUCAGCUUCAAUGGAUAAAACGAUGAUGAUAUGGAGACCAGAAAAAACCACUGGAAUUUGGCUAAACGUAGUGACCGUGGGUGAAUUAAGUCACUCUGCAUUAGGAUUUUAUGGUGGCCAUUGGGCACCAGACGGGCAAUCAAUACUUGCGCAUGGAUACGGUGGAUCUUUUCAUCUGUGGAGAAAUGCUGGCUUGGAUUAUGAGAACUGGCAGCCACAGAAAGUUCCCUCGGGUCAUUUUGCAUCUGUGUCGGACCUCACUUGGGCCAAAUCUGGCAAAUAUUUGCUAUCCGUUAGCCAUGACCAGACUGCUCGUGUAUUUGCUCCAUGGAGGAUAGAAGAGACCUCUGGUGAUAAGGUCUCCUGGCAUGAAAUCGCUCGUCCUCAAGUUCAUGGACAUGAUAUUAAUUGUGUAACUUUUAUACAAGGGGCUGGGAACCACCGAUUUGUAAGUGGCGCUGAUGAAAAAGUUGCUAGGGUUUUUGAAGCUCCAUUAUCAUUUUUGAAGACCCUUCACCAUGCGAUGUCCCAGAACAACUUUUACGAUUUUCAUGAACAAGUACAGGUCCUUGGUGCCAACAUGUCUGCUCUUGGUCUGUCACAAAAACCUAUCUACAUGCACACUGUCAAUGAAUCUCCAGCCAGUCUUCACAACGAUGGUGCAGAUUCUCUGGAAACAAUUCCUGAUGCAGUGCCUACUGUUUUGACUGAGCCUCCUGUAGAGGAACAACUAGCCUGGCAUACAUUGUGGCCUGAAACCCAUAAACUUUAUGGCCACGGUAACGAGCUAUUUUCCUUGUGCUGUGACCAUGAGGGUAAGCUUAUUGCUUCAUCAUGCAAGGCUCAAACAGCAACAGUUGCCGAGAUUUGGCUUUGGGAAGUUGGGUCAUGGAAAGCCAUUGGCCGUUUGCAUUCUCACAGCUUAACAGUCACACAGCUGGAGUUUUCCCAUGAUGACGCUUUUCUCUUGGCUGUCUCAAGGGAUCGGCAGUUCUCAGUGUUCUCAAUCAGCAAAACUGGGGACGAAGUCAUCCAUCAGUUGAUUGCCAAGCAAGAGGCGCACAAAAGAAUAAUAUGGGCAUGUUCAUGGAACCCCUUCAGCCAUGAUUUUGCAACUGGUUCAAGGGACAAAACUGUCAAGGUAUGGUCGGUUAAUAAGGAAGCAUCUUCUGUUGAUCUACUCGCUACACUUCCUCAAUUCCGCGACAGCGUCACAGCCUUAUCAUGGGUCGGCCGUGAUCAGUCAUGCAAUGCCGGGUUUCUUGCCAUAGGCAUGGAUAAUGGGCUCAUAGAACUUUGGAGUCUCUCUGGUGGUAGAGUUGCCGAGAUUAAUGAUAUGGGCACAUCACCAUUUACUGCUGUUUGUGCUAUUCGGUUUGAUCCUUUAUUAUGUCAUGUUUCGACGGUACAUCGCUUGAGAUGGAGAAACCCUGAUUUCGGUGAUACGAAGACACUUCAACUCGCUUCUUGUGGAGCUGACCAGUGUGUUAGGGUUUUCGAGGUCAGCGGCCAAUGAAAUCGGCCAAUGAAGACGGUACAAACCAUACCUGAUAAGUAAUCAAUCCACCAUAGAGAGCGAGGAAGAAGCUGGAGAUGAAUGAGGCAAUCACUGCCCCAGUUACCGCAAGAGGCCACAGUACAAUAGCAAGACCAGCGAAGGGUACACACACAGUCUCCAGGAAAGGUCCUUCUCUUCCAAGGACAGCGAGAAGGCAAACCAGUAAACUCUUCGGGAGCGUCGAUAACCUUUAGAAACAAAGCAGAUUACCAAUUACAUAUGGUCACGAGCAGUGUCGAUCGCAGUUUAUCAUUUUUGGCAACUACAAGUCAUGAAUUUAGCAGUAGUUCUUAGAGUAGACAACAAAGAUGCGAGAAUUUCAGGUAUCAUCUCAAAAUAUGUUUAAUUUGGAUAGCAGAAUGGAUAAAGAGUCAAUUAGUGAGGUAAUAUUCAAAUUAAACAGACAGGAGAGAAAGUUCAAUUGGUGAAUGCCGUACUUGAUAUCAAUGGGAGUCUCAUCAUCCCUUACUUUCUCGCUUAAAUCAUCCAUGAACGAGAAGUAGGAGUGGAAACAGAAAUCCGUGAAGUCUCGAACUGUCGUACAAGCUCCUUCUAUCGUACUCUUGCAUCCGUCCUGUCGAGAAAUCAUUUUCUUAGCUCUUCGUUUCAUUGUUUUCAGGAAAACUUGUCGAGAAAUCAUUUUCUUAGCUCUUCGUUUCAUUGUUUUCAGGAAAACUAUGGUAAAAUACAUCUGUCGAAUUUAAUGUUUCUGUAUCAAGGGCAUCCUGUGGGUUCUCCUGCUUUCUAUGUUAUAAUUAACAAUCGAAUAAGUUUGAUA